GAAAGGCAAAAUCAGCUGACUGUAGCUCUAGGCGGCUUUUACUAAGCAAAAGAAGAUGAAGAACUUAAUUGUGUUGCUGCUCUUCUGUCACGUUACAUCUGCAGUGAAACACUCCCUGAAAUAUUUCCUUACUGCAUCUUCUGGAGUCCCAAACUUUCCAGAGUUUGUGGGUGCGGCGCUGGUUGAUGAAGUCCAGGUUGGUUACUGUGACAGCAACAUCAAGUCUGCAGAACCCAAACAGGACUGGAUGAGAAAGUUAAUAAAGGAUGACCCACAACACCUGGAGUGGUAUGCUCUGAAAUGUUUAGGUAAUCAGCAGGUCUUCAGAGCCAACAUUGACAGCUUGAAGCAACGCUUAAACCAAACUGGAGGUGCCCACAUUUUACAGAGGAUGAACGGUUGUGAGUGGGAUGACGAGACCGGAGAAGUUGUUGGUUUUAAUCAGUACGGUUAUGAUGGAGAAGACUUUAUUGCAUUGGACCUGCAGACGCUGACAUGGAUCGCUCCAAAACAACAGGCUAUUAUGACCAAACUUAGAUGGGAUGCUGAGAAAGCUAGAUUAGAAUAUAAUAAAAACUACUACAUCCACAAAUGUCCUGACUGGCUGAAGAAGUAUGUGCACUAUGGGAGAAGCUUCCUGCAGAGAACAGAGGUUCCCUCAGUGUCUCUCCUCCAGAAGUCUCCCUCCUCUCCAGUCAGCUGCCACGCUACAGGUUUCUACCCUGACAGAGCCAUGAUGUUCUGGAGGAAAGAUGGAGAGGAGCUUCAUGAGGACGUGGACCUCGGAGAGAUCCUCCCCAACCACGAUGGAUCCUUCCAGAUGAGUGUUGACCUGGACCUUUCAUCAGUCCCAGCUGAAGACUGGAGGAGGUACGACUGUGUGUUUCAGCUCUCUGGUGUGGAGGACGACAUCAUCACCAAACUGGACAAAGCAGAGAUCAGGACCAACAGAGUUGGUCCCCCAGAGUUCCCUGCUGGUGCUGCUGUUGGAGUUGCUGUAGGACUGCUGCUGCUGCUGCUGGCACUCUGCAUCUCUGGACUCUUCAUCUGGAGAAGGAACAAUAAUGGCUUCCAACCUGCUAACAGGUGACAGUGGAGAUCAGAAGAGGAUGCUGAACUCCACAGAGUGAGGAGUCAACAUUUUCCUAGACAGGAUUGUCUCAAAGAAAAACCCGUCUAGAGAUUACUGACUGGUGCAGGACUGACAGAGCCGGGACGGUGGCUGCCUUUUAAGACUGUAAGACAUGAAGUUGGAAGAACCACUAGACGCACCAGUCCCAGCGUUCCAAUACUACCAUACUAUUUAGUAUGUCAGGAAAAAGAUUUAGUACAUCCCAAUUAAUGUGAAAUGCAGUUUGCCAAAAGAUACCAGGAUGUGCUACUGCAUCUGGUCAGAUGUUGCAGUAGGCAAGCCAGCAUGCUUUUUUGGCUAUUCUGACCCACAAUCCUUCAGAGUUUUGAAUGUGAAAAGAUGUUGCAAUGAAAGCUGAGCCAUAUUGUGUGAGUGAGGGGAUGUAUGGAUUAUAUGAGGUUUAAAGUUCAUAUAGUUGUUUCAUACAAUUAAAGUAUUUUUCCUGAA